AUGAGCCAUUCACUUUCGUUACACGAUUUGGUCGGUUCUCGUCCACAAAAACGUAGGCGCUUAUCACUUUACGAGGAUCACGAUAUUAAACUUGAAACUGAAUCCGUGACAGAAGAUGAAGCUGACCUUGGAAUACGCCAGCUUAUUGCUGAGGAGAUUGACCUCGAAAUUACUAUCCGCCAACGCCUUCUAAACACCAUCGACUCUCGCAUAACAUGGGCACUUAUGCUACAGGAGGCUCUCGUUCGGGAUCCGUCCACUCCAGCUCCUGAUACCACACCAGACGAUUUCCAAGAAGCUGCUUUAGACGCCCUUAACGCUGUAGAAGUACCUUGCGCCUUCUUAUUUGAUCGCGAAGAAUCAGUAUAUGACGAUGCUGAACCUCCUUCUCUUCGUUCAUUCUCCCCUGUCGCCCCAACACAGCGCGAGCGAAUACCUCCAAAGGUUAGGCCUACACGUACGGCUGCAGCGAAACUACACCCGCAGAAAAAGCUGCUCUACAUCCGUCUGCCCCCUUCACAGACAGCCAUGGAGGAGCAGAUUGCUAUCAUUACAUGCCCUACUUGUACUCGCACACAGUUCAGCACUCUUCAAGGGCUCUUGAAUCACGCGCGGCUUGCUCAUGGUAUUGAGUGGGCCAGCCACGACGCGUGCAUCACGGCUUGUGCUGUUCCGGUACCCUCUAGCGAUGAUGUGGAGAAAGAUCGGGUCGAAGAGGAAGGUGUUGAAGUACCUUGGGGAGGCAGUGUCGUUGGUCUACAACGACUGUUUGAACGAGCUGUUGGUGUCAAUGUGCCCGCAUCUUUUGUUUCCAAAGAAGGGCAGGGAGCUACUGGCGCGGCAGCCAUACCCAGCACACUGCUUUCACGCACCCUCGGUUUACAUGCGGACUCCCCUGCCCUUGCUCCGUUUCUUGGAAGAACCCCGAAACGGAGAUGCAUACAUGCUUAUGAAGAAGAUACAGAAGUUGAUAUUCUCAGUAUCGAUAUCGAUCUACGCAGGCCUUCACACAGUUUCGAAAGUAGGGAAGGAGUCGCGAGGAGAGCAGACGAGGGUGGUGGUCAUCCCUGGCGAAUGGCUUUUCCGCAUCGAAAUAGAGCUCGCCCUGGACUUGAUCUCGUUGUUGACGCGCCUGCCCUUGUUGAUAACGCUGCAGAAAAUACAGCAACCCCCGCAAUACCAGGGAGCACAACUUCACGCUUCCAUAUCACCGCCCGUGUGCAUAUCACAGAUAGAAGUUUAUUUAUCUCGCCAAGCCGACGGUUAGACCUCGGUAUUCCGCCGUCGCAUACUCACCGGUGGAUGCUCAGUGUUACUGCUCCCUCUUAUUCGAUACCUCUGGCCUCAUUUAUGAUACGUUUGACAGUUUUAGCAGUAGCUCCAUCCGAUAAUACACAACGGCAGCCUUGUACUGUGGACAAAGCGCCUUUCGCUAUCAUAGGCUCAUCUUCUGAGCCCUUUCUUGCGAAGGUCGUGAUGGAGUGGGCCAGUGGCGGGAGAAUGGAAGUAGAACAUUGGAUUGAUCUUGACCUUGGGAACGCAGCGAGCUCUGUUCUUGGUUCAGAACAAGUUCUCGAUGUCGAACUUGAUAGAGGGACACGGCUCCUCUCUGUCCCCUCCGGUCCUCCACUGCCUAUCCCUUCCUUGGAACGCGAACCUGCGGAUAUUACAAGGCAAUCUCUGACGAAAUCUCAAGAAUCUACGGAUGAAUUAGGAUACGCGAAGGUUCUGCGGAGUUUGUUGCCAAGAGUCCCUAUGACGCUCAAAGAUAUGAAGUUCCGUUCACCUUUCCAGGUACCAUAUAAGCUCGUUCCCUCACCGGCGCAUCUUCUGGCGCUUGUUCCUGGGAGAAGGAAAGCUAUCGAAUGGGGAAGAGCCCGAGCAUUGCAAUCGCUUUAUGUCCAGCACGCUGCCUCCGCCUCCGCAGAAUUAAUCUCCCUCACAGUUGGUGAUGUCUAUGCCUUCCUAGAAGACUCGGGGCUUUUUCCACGUUCUUCUUCGAAGAUCGAAGUUCCUGUUCUGAGUGCGAAAGAAAAGAAGGACAAACUGAAGGACAAGGACAAGGAAAAAGAAUCCGCACUUUUGCCGGUAGAUGAACCUUGCUUUGUCUGUGGCAUAAAGAAACGCUUCCACCCUGCACUUGCUGUAACCACCAAACUGAAAAAGGAGCCCGUUUUCGAUGAGAUAGGAACCUGGGUUUGCGAUAUCGUUCCACCGCACGAACUUGAGCGGGGUUUAGGGAUACCCAUUAUCGAUUUGACGAAGAUUUUUGGAGGUGGACUCGAAACUGCCCUAUACGCCGGGGAAACUGCGGGGGAUGGGCAAGCGUUACCGCAUCAACCCAUGGCUUCUUCUCAAAUGCUCAGACAUUGGCGUUAUUCUGCGCGGCAGAUUGCCUCAUUAAGUCCGCCAGACCUCAUUCUUGCUAUUCAUAGGAUUGUCGGGUCUUUGCGUCUUCCGCAUUUUCCUGAACUUUCUUCUCCCUCCCUGGACAAACACUGUACGAAUGCGGAGGUCGAAGAGGCGUUCGCCCCAUCAUCGGUAUUAGCCGCUGUGCUCAAAUCGUUUAUUGCCGUCCUCGUGCGUCCUGCAGUGGACGUUGCAAAACGGGAUAUUGCGAUUGCAUCUGGUACUGGAAAUAGUGGUGCUAUUCCGGUUGCUGGACAAGGCAAGGUGGCACGAACUAAGCGAGGGAGGAAAGUGGGAUCUGUUCUCACUCCAGGACACAUCUUACGAGGGCUGUCGUUGCCUAGUCUUGUCCGCGGUGGCGGGCUCGCUACUACUCCUCUCAAAGAUGUGUUGAGGCUUUGUCUGGCGGAAGUGGGAGUGCCUGUGGAGUUUGGACGAUCGUUGACGCGGGCUUCUCUCCGUCGGAUUUUGGAUCGGGAUGGUAGCGUAGAAAUGGGGAUGACGGGUGAAGAUGACAUAGUUAAGGUGGAACCACCGUGA